ACUGGGUUUUGUUUGGUUGUAUUUAGUAUACACUAGCUAGGAAGUUUUGGUUUUCUAUAAGGACUAUUAACAAGUUAGCUGUAAGGGCGCCAUGGCCAGCAGUAAAGAGUUGUGUUUACGAGAAUGGGCUCCGCUGACAGACAUUUUGGAGUUGGUACCUGCUGCGCGCGGUAUUUUUCCAGCCAAUCUGAAUAUAACUUGUGUGGAUGCCUCUGAGGACUUCCUGGCCCUAGGCAGCGAUGCAGGUAUCGUUUUUUGGUAUAACCGUCAGUCAGGAGAAAUGCAAAAGCUUAAAGCAGAGGUUGCCACACGCAUAACUUGCGUGAAGAUAGUCAAUUCGGUGGAGUAUAUGGUGGCAGCGGGCAGUUCGUCAGGGCAAGUAAGUGUAUUUCAAAUUCAAAAGGAACUACCUGCAGAUCUGGACUUGGUAGCUCCAUGCACACGCAGUAAACCCAUUGAACGCUAUACCAUAAGAGAUCUUCAUCGCUGCGUGGUGAGCUGCUGUGAGUGGUCCAAGAAUGGAAUGAAGUUGUACUCUGGCGAUCGUCAGGGUGUAGUUGUGCUUACAGAAUUUGACUAUCAAACUCACCUAAGUAAAUCGUUGGAGAUACUCAGCGAGGCCUACGAGAUUGUGCAGCUAAGCGUGCAUCAGACCUAUCUAUCGGUGUCGACGCUUUAUCGUUGCAUUGUUUGCCAGCGGGACGCACGGGACGGCAAGUGGCAAGUCAUACAAGUGGGCAAAAAGGAUCGCAAACAACUCAUCGACUGUGGCGGUAUAUUCCUUAAGCAAACAACAACGACUGACAACUUGCCACAGUUAAUCUCAGGCCGUCCAGGAUUGCGCUUUUGGGUUGCCGACGCUUUGGGUAAUGUGUCUAAAACUAUUAUCUUUAAAGAGGCGUUGAUGCGCAGUCCCAGUUGGGAAAUACCACUGCUAAAUCCAAAACAACGCGCUAAAGUUAGAAAUGAAGCAAAUCUGGCUACUGCCUCUGGUGAUGCUUAUGUAGCUGGCAAAAAUUUCCGUGAGCUGUAUCAAUAUGACAACCAAGAUGCCCUGUUGGUCACACAUGAUGAUGCCACAUUAUAUAUACUUAACUUGCAGCGGUUGAAAGUAGAGGCAGUGGCGCGUGGCUUUCGUAAGAUUUUAGACUUUUGUGUUUGUGGCAAGGAGAUAUUUGUGCUAGAGGGCGAGCGUUCACUGCUCCGCUUGGCACCACUGCCCGAGCGACCCAACAAAAUAGCCAAAGUAAUUUUUAAUCCAUUAAUGCCGCCACCGCUGCCGAUGCUGGGGGCCACACACUACGCCAAGCUUGAGGUGGAAUCGCCUAUAGAGCUAGAGCCAAACUUACACAGCGCUGAGGAGUGCUUUGAAUUGCCGCCCAUUGAAAAACUCGACUUGAAUGUCCCCAUUGAGCUGGCAGUGGAAUCACCGCUGACACAGCAAAAUCGUCGCCAGGAAAUCUUUCAACGCAUUGGUCAAAUGGACUUUGAGAACUCCAUACUGCAUACGAGCGGCACAAUAAGUCAUAAGAAGCGCAAAACUUCUGGGAUUGUAGAAAUUGGACAGGAGACACUGCCGCACACCAGCGCAUCCACGCUCAUGGACGCAAGCUACUGUCAAAUAGAGAACAAUGGCUUGGCCUCCCCGCUGGAUAUCAAGAAGGCGUUUCUGCAGCAUUUGCCUGAUGCGUUGACGCCUACAACUCUGCAGAAAACCGUGGCGGAGAAAGCUAAAAGCUUAGCUGCUGAGUUGAAUCUCCCUGAAGUGCAUUUGGCGCCACUAAGUGCAGAAGAACUGCGUGCUGUAGCCUCACCCCAGAUAAGCGCUGCUCUUAAUCAGUCUUAUCCAUCUCAUAUGGAGGAGGCCAGUGUACAGACCUCACCACAAAAGCGAGCACUGCUAGAGGAGGGAGACUACAGCGAUGGACAGCCUGUGGAUGAAGCUACGUUAGCGCCUUUAAAAUUUAUCAUAUCGCAGCCUAGUUUAGAGCCACAGCCAGAGCCGGAGCUAGCUGAGUGCACAAGCUUUUUGCCUGACUUUCGUCAUGUUCAAAACGCAUUCCUUAAAACAGAGCCAGAUCCUGCCGGGACAAGUGAUUCGAAUACCUCCAGCGAAUGGGAAUUUCUAGAUAAUUAAGACACUAUGAUAGCCCCAGUAUUACAAAUCAAUUUAUGUUUUAACAUAAUUUGCUUUCA